UGUAUUAGCGAAUAAUCACUUUUAGUUCAGUCGAAAAUGAUUAGUACUUGGUUGCACUUGUUUCUGAUGGGCACUUUGUGCUCUGUUGUUUUACCAGCUCCCUAUAGAAAUCAAUAUGAGGAAACAGAUCCAGAGCUGACUGCAGGAUACUUCCAGGGUGAUAUGGAUGUGGACUUCACCCGAAAUGGACAGCUUUCCGAGACUCGUCGCUGGCCAAAUGCCACAGUUCCGUACAGGAUCUCCGAGGAGUUCGAUGCUCCCUUUGUGGAAUACAUAAGGCUUGGCAUGCAAUUCAUCGAGUAUUCAUCUUGUAUUCGAUUUGUGCCCGCCGCCGAAGACGAGGAAAACUAUCUUAUAGUUAUUCGUUCCACUUCGGGAUGCAGCUCUCAUGUGGGCUACAAGCCAGGCGAAAGAACCGUCAAACUUAAGCCUGUCGCACUGGACACUGGUUGCUUUAAAUUGGGAACCAUUCAGCAUGAGCUGCUCCACACCUUGGGCUUUCACCAUCAGCAAUGCUCCCCGAAUCGAGAUGAAUUCGUGAAGGUUGUGAAUGAAAACAUCGCCGAGGGUAAAGAGAAGAAUUUCAUCAAGUACGAAGAAGAUGUUGUGGGUGACUUCGACCAGCCCUAUGACUAUGGGAGCAUUUUGCACUACAGUUCCUCAGCAUUUUCGAUCAACGGCGAGGACACAAUUGUGGCUUUGAAACCAGAGGGUCAGGAAAAAAUGGGUCAGCGUUUGAAGAUGAGUGACAUUGAUGUUAAUAGACUCAAUACGAUGUACAAGUGCCCAAUUCCAUUGUAA